AUGAUAAAUUUAGAUACGUACUGUACGUAUACCCAGGUACAUGGUACAUGGUACCGUGGUACCGUAACAGAGUUAUUUCAUAGUAAUUCAAUGAAACAAAAUGAAAUGAAAUACAAUGAAAUGAACCGUAUGAUGUCCUACAGUGCAAAACACUCACUGUCUACACAGUCCACGCUGACAUCUUGUAUAGUAACAAUAUUAACCACAUUAAUUAAAGUAUCUCAAUCGCUGUGUAAUUUCACUACAUUAUUUAUUUCUAAAUCAGUACCCACGAGCCCUCAGCCUAUGUUAUAA